AUGAAUCGCUAUUGGCAUUACAGAAAUGUGGUGGAGGAUCACUUGGUUGUUCAUGGUUUUGUUGAUAAUUAUACCAAAUGGGUUUUUCAUGGAGAAGGGGUUUCAUCGAGAAAUACACCGCAUCCAAUAAAUGACGAUGAAGGUUCUAACUUGCGUGAUGACAUUGAUGGACUACUUCAUGAUACAUUUAGAAAUGUAGAGGGUGAGUCAGGGCAUGAAGAAGUAGUGCGACACGGUUUAUCUGCAGAUGCAAAGAAAUUUAUUAAAUUAUUGGAGGAAGGGAAACAGGAGUUAUAUCCGGGUUGUGAAAAUUUUAAUAAAUUGAGUUUCACCAUUCGGUUGUACUUAUUUAAAUCAUUACAUGGUUUGAGUAAUGUAGCAUUCUCGGACUUGUUAGAUUUGAUAAGAGAGGCAUUUCCCUUUGCUCAGAUACCAGAGUCUUUCAAUAAGGCUAGACAAGUGAUUAAAGAUUUGGGUCUUCAUUACGAAAAAAUACAUGCAUGCCCUAACGACUGCAUGUUAUUUUGGAAGGACAAUGAGAAAGCAGAUAACUGUUCUGUCUGUGGAACUUCUAGAUGGAAGAGUGUUGGUGAUGCCUCGACUAAUUCACGCUCUAAAAUUCCUGCGAAGGUUUUAAGGUACUUCCCCUUAAAGCCUAGGCUACAGAGGAUAUUCAUGUGUUCUGAAACAGCUGUUGCAAUGAGAUGGCACGCUAAUGAACGACCCAAUGAUGGAAAUUUAAGGCAUCCUGCUGAUAGGGAAGCAUGGAAGGAUUUUGAUCGUUUGUACCCAGACUUCUCUCGAGAUCCUCGUAAUGUUAGAUUGGGUCUGUCAAGUGAUGGUUUCAACCCAUUUAGAACCAUGAGUAUUUCUCAUAACUCGUGGCCUGUUAUGUUGAUGAACUAUAAUUUAUCACCAUGGAUUUGCAUGAAGCCGGAGUAUAUUAUGUUGUCAAUGAUCAUUCCAGGUCCAUCAUCUCCAGGAAAUGAUAUAGAUGUGUAUCUACAACCACUAAUUGUAGAAUUGAAGGAACUAUGGGAACUUGGGAUAGAAACAUAUGAUGCUGAAACCGACCAAACAUUCCGAAUGCGUGCAGCCUUAUUGUGGACAGUUAGUGAUUUUCCAGCAUUAGCAAUGCUUUCAGGAUGGAGCACCAAGGGAAAAUUGGCAUGCCCCACUUGUAAUUAUGACACAUGCUCUCAAUAUCUCAAACAUAGUCGUAAGAUGUGUUACUUGGGUCAUCGUAGAUUUUUGCCUUCUGAUCAUCCAUUGCGAAAAGAUAAGAAGUCGUUUGAUGGUAAGGAGGAGCAUAGACUUGCACCUACACCUUUGUCGGGUAUAGAAGUGCUUGAAGAGUUGCAUGAAUUCAACAAUGUGUUUGGAAAGGAAAAGAAUAUAUGUGACAGUUUGCUUGGGACUUUACUGGAGAUAGAUGGAAAGUCAAAGGAUCAUGUAAAUUCUCGCUAUGACUUACAAGAAAUGGGGAUACGAAAGGAGCUACAACCAAUAGAAGAUAAUGAUGGAAAUGUUGCCGUUAGAAAAGUGCUGCCCAAGAUUGUUUCAUUAACCUUGAUUAGAUUGGGCAAUUUCUUUAGAGCUAUAUGUAGUAAGGUUAUAAGUAGAAGAGAUCUUGAGAAAUUGGAUUCUGAAAUUGUUGAAAUAAUAUGUGACCUGGAAAGGAUUUUUCAUCCAGCAUUUUUUGAUAUAAUGCCACAUUUACCUAUUCAUUUAGUGAAUGAAAUUAAGCUUGGGGGUCCGACUCAUCUUCGCUGGAUGUAUCCCAAUGAGAGGCACCUAUGUAAGUUGAAGACAUUCGUUCGUAAUCGAUCUUGUGCAGAAGCAUCAAUAGCAGAGGGUUUUUUGGCUGAAGAGUGUUUGACCUUUUGUUCAAGAUACCUACGCGAUGGUGUGAAGACAAGAUUCAGUAGGUACGAGACUGAGGAUGAUGAAUGUGCUCAGAAUUUGUCACCUAUAUUCCCUAAGAUAGGUCAUCCAAUUGGAAUUGAGAAGAAAAAGGAUUCGACUUUUAUGAUGGAUCCACAGUUACGUUAUGAGGCACAUCGAUAUGCCUUAUUCAACACUGGAGAUGAACAAGUUGAAAAGUUUAUCGAGGAACAUAAGAAUGUAAUGAGUAAUCAUACUAGAUCAAACGCAUGGGCAAGAGCAAGGAAUCAUAGUCGGGAAUUCAGCAGUUGGUUUGAAGAGAAAGUUAAAAAUGUUGAAGUACCCGAUUAUCUAAUAUGGCUAUCUAGAAUGCCUAAUAUGGUGGGCAAGAGAUACACUGCAUAUUUCAUUAAUGGAUACCGAUUUCAUACAAAAAGUCGGGAUGCCCCACGAAAGACUCAAAAUAGUGGAGUGACGCUAGCAGCAACAACAGAUAGUUUUGCUAGUUCUAGGGACCAAAAUCCCAUAGAUGGAGAGGUUAUUUAUUAUGGAUUUAUUCAAGAUAUCAUUGAGAUUGAGUAUUAUGGCCAUUUUAGUGUUGUACUAUUUAGAUGUGAUUGGUUUCAUAAUGAAGUAGAUGAAUAUGAGUUAACUCGGGUAUACUUCAAUAAGUUAUGCAGUAAAGAUGAUCCUUUUGUGUUGGCAUCACAAGUUCAUAAAGUUUUUUAUGUGGCGGAUCCAGUUGAGAAAGAUGUUUAUUAUGCAAGGAAUAAAGUCCCUGUUGAUUUGUAUGAUCUAGAGAAAGAGAAUUGUCCUAAUAUAGGAGACACAUUUUGGAGGGAGCCUAAUGAUGACACUGGUCCCUCAACUAGAUUAGAUGACGGUGACGUUAGAUGGUCAAGAGAAGAUGUGCCCGCUGAUGUCGUUGAUAUUCCAUCUAAUGCACAACAUUCAGAAGAUACAAUUAUGGAAACAUCGGAAGAGGAGGAUGAGUUUGAUGAUGCUGAUUGGGAUUCCAUGGAGGAAAAUGAUUAG